UGGGUUGGGAAAAUUGUCAUUUAUUUAUUUAUAUGAUUUAAAAAAUACUAAACAUAUAGUCUAGGCCAACGAUUAUUAAAAACAAAUAAUAUUAUUUUAUUACAUUGUUUUUUAAGCAAUUUCUCAAUGCAUUCAUCUUGGUUAACCUCUUGUCAUUGUUUUCUAAUUUAUAACACAUGAACUAUUUCAGUGCUAAGUAGGUGAAAUGGAGUAGCCAAGGAGAGAACUGUACCCUGUCUGGGAAUAGCAGAACUAUACUUGGCUCAUGCGGUCUAAAAAUUGUACCUUCUGAAGUGAUAAUGUGGACGCAGGCGUUUGUUUCUAUUGGUGCUUUAGACUGUCAUUCGUCUUCUGUAGCCCUGAGGUUGGCUAAUUACACAGACACUAUAGGAUAAUCCCGGUUAACAGAAGCUGAUGUCAGAUUGGUUUGGCUUACCACAAAUCCCCUCUAGUUGAGGUAGGCAAUGCGCGACAGGCUUGCAGUCACUACUGCAGAAGAAGUGGAGGGAGUGCGUGACUGCUCUGGAAUUUCCUUUCUGAUGGGCUGUCAGUUUACCUGCUAACCUGCAUGUUUUACUAACCAAAUGGAGCUGCACUUGAUUUGAUACGCUCAAGCUCUAUUGCGACGUCUCCGCGCGCGCAGGGCCGCAUCUUAACGUUUUUGUCGCGUUUGCGAAAUGGGGACCGUGCUAUCUGUAUCCCCUAUAGUAACUAAAGGGACCAUUCUGGAAGAUGAAGGAGACGAAGGCAAUGGAAAAAUCGAGAAAAGCCUUAAAAAGCAGUCAGUGGUCGUGUCCAUGCUCACGUUUAAGCGGCUAGUGACUUCAUCGGGUAAGAAAAAAAGUGCCAAGAAAGUAAAUCCGAAUCCUCCUCCGCUGCCAGAGAGCAGCAACGGCCAGGUCGGGCAUCUGAACCAGGAGAACUUCAGGAAAUCGCAACAAUCGACCAACACCGAGCGGAAAACGAAAAAUGGACCUCUUGCGGUGCCCAUCCCCACGGUUCCAUCACAUCUAGCUCAGGAUAAUGACCAGCUCACUCCAGUAGCGAAGCAACUGGUGUCGGUUCAGAAGCAGCCCAGCAGCCGGUCGCUUCUCUCGCCAAGGCGCGUUAUCGUCCAGGCCUCCACCGGGGAGCUGCUACGUUGCCUAGGUGAAUUCGUGUGCAAACGGUGCUGCAAAGUUAAGGAACUAACCUCAAAUGAGGUCAUUCUUUGGUUCCGCAACGUGGACAGGACUCUGCUGCUGCAGGGCUGGCAGGACCACGGGUUCAUCACGCCUGCUAACCUCGUGUUCGUCUAUCUGCUCGUUAGGGAAACUGUAACCAAUGAUGUUGACAAUCCACGUGAACUCCACGGGACCUUUCUGACCUGCCUCUAUCUGGCGUAUUCCUACAUCGGAAACGAGAUCUCGUACCCUCUCAAGCCCUUCAUGGUCGACACCAACGCGGACGUGUUCUGGGAACGUUCGUUAGAUGUCAUCGAUAAACUGAGCGGUAAAAUGCUGCAGAUUAACAUGGACCCGCACUUUUUCACAGAGGUUUUCCAAGACUUGAAAAACGAAGGAGACUAUAAGAAGGAUGGAAGCGAACUGGACCGCUAAAUGUGAUCAAAAUCUGAGCCGAUAUGAAUUACUACUGAUUUAUUGGGUGUAAUUGUAAUUUGAGUUACUGUUGCGUUGCACCACGAGCCGAUUUAUCAAUAUUUAUGACAGUGUUUUGCUGGCUUUGUUUUAACAGUAUUAAGUAGCCCCGGUGUAGUGAUUUAUACUAGCCAACAUGGCUUCACCGGUGCAAAAUGCAUGUCGUAUAGAUUUGUAUCUGUUGAUGUGAUUCACAUUCUUACAUAAAAAAGGAAAGUACAAAUUAACGUUUAUUCUAUAUAAUUGUCCUUCUCAGCUGUCAUUACUAUGUUAUCUGGGUCACUAUCCUCCUGAGACCCAAAGAAAAGUUUAUUUUUUUAGGCUAAGCAUUACUUUUGUUUUACGUAAGUGUUUGGAGUAUAAUAAACAUAAUAUUCAUAUUUACAGUUCUACAAUUUAUGUUAUAUAUUGGCCACAUUAUUAAAGAUUUGGACCUUGCUAUGUCAAGGCUUAAAAUGUAUCUUUCAAAACAUUACAGUGGACAAGUGGCUGGGUCUCAGGAGGAUAAAGCUACAUUUGAAGAGAUGUGAAUGGAACUAUCCAAGGUGCUGACCUGACUUAUAUGUGCUCAUGUUGCUCUAUUGACUGACGCCUGUCUCCAGCCAUUCUGGAUGUGAAACUUGAAAGCGUUUUCUCUUCACUGAGAUGUUCUAUGUGCCAAUCCAUGUGUGAUCAUAGGAAAAUGUGUUUUUUAUUCACAAUGGUUUGAGAAAAAUGGGCAGAUCUUGCAUUGAGAUUAUUUUAUAUUUUGACAUGAUCUUGCUUGAAUGAAAUAAAAUCCAGUCUAACUGGUUUUGUUGAUCAAUAAUGCAUGCAUCGAGCUCAUUGUUGGACUGACCACGUGCCAUUUGACUAAAUAUCCAACG